AUGAACAGUGGAGAGCGUCUCAACUAUUCAUGGCCAGUCCAGUUUGAGGCUCUUCUUAUUGGCUAUGAUCUCCUCGAUUACGUUACUGGUGAUCAUCCAUGCCUCUCAUCCAACAACACUCCUACAUCCACUCUUCACAAAUCUCACUGGGUUAGGCAGGAUAAACUUAUCCUUAGUGCCAUUUUGGCCUUCACCACUCCCACAAUAACCCCUUUCAUUUCGACUGCCAAAACCUCAAAGGAUGCAUGGCUAAAACUCCAUACUAUGUAUGCCAGCAAGUCACGCACCCGAGCUCUGCAACUCAAAGUGGAGCUUACGUUGAUUAAACGAGAAAAUAAAACAGUUCAAGAAUACCUUCAUACUGUUAAGACUCUUGCAGAUGAGAUUGCCCUAAUUGAUCAUCCUAUUUCUGCUAAUGAUCUCACUCUCUACAUUCUCAAUGGCUUGGGACCUGAUUUUCGUGAGGUUGCCGCCCCGAUCCGUGCUCGUUAG